GAACAACUGCAAAGGAGCUAUAGUAUGUCUGCGGCUUAUAUCAAGUCUAUGUCGCUGGAUAGACCCAAAAUGGGAGUGUACUCUGUUGGCAUCACUCACCCCUCCAGCGGCCACAACAACAACGUCAAUAAAAAUGUUGGCAGCAAUACACCUGUCAACAACAACCGAAUGCCCCCUGCAGUUACAGGGGUGAAUCCAAUUCACAGCCAGUCAAUGUACAACUUACCCGGAAACAGACGCAGUUUUGCUGAGCCCCUUCAUCAGCCCCCGCCGCCACCCUAUGAUCCUAGACUUUCGUCCAAAGAUGAUUCAUCUUUGCUAGGAUCUAGUGACCGGCGGGCCAUGUCAGAGUUCCACAUUAACUCCGCCUUUCGCUCUCCCACUCAGCCCCUCUCUGGCUAUUUCGACACAGGCCACAGAAGUGAACGUUCUGGAAUCUACGAGAGUAUCAGAGAAAGGACUGAGCCAGAAAACUCUGCUUCUUCUUCCUCUUCAGAUCUUGAAAGCGUGCCUAUGCCAAGGCCUAGAAACAGGAGACUUGCGGCUAAGGAUGGGCCUGGGUUAGCCAAUGGUAGGGAGAGUCUGUCAUUUUCGUCAAGAAAAUCUACAGACAAACAGGACUUUAAUCCCAGAGAUUCUGGAAUUCUCGAUGAUCGCUCGUCAAGCCAUGGUAAUUCUUUAGAGGGUAGCAGCAUCACCACGACUGACGGAACCACAAACAACGGCACUAAAACUCGCGGCAGGCCAGUCUCUGUGAAUGACGCGGAGUCAUCUAAACUGGAAAAGUCCAGGUCUGAAGGAUCCUUUAACUCCGGGGCCUUGUAUUACCAGUCUGAGCGUGGAAGAACGAAGAAGAAAGUGCCAAUCCCAAGUCAGUUUUACAGCAAAGAAAACAACCACGGUGAGCUGGUUGUUAGAAAAAGGUCCAGAGGCCAAAGAGAUAGACUGAGGCAAUUACGGCAAGGUAACAGACGCUACACUGUACAAGGGCUAGAUAGCCAUCCAACUAGUGGCUUGUAUGACGACAGUUUGUCAGACAGAAGCGACUCAUCAAGGACAGAGGUCCCAGAGGAUCUUCUCUCUGUCUUUAAAAACAUGUCAAAAGAGGAACUAUUUCGAGUUGUCAUUCAGUGUAAGGCUCAAAUGAUUAGAAAGGACCAGUACAUCAAAGAUCUGGAAAACUAUAUUGAUGACUUGCUUGUGAGAGUCAUGGAGGCAACACCCAAACUAUUAAGUCGUCCAGGCAUGCUUAGAUAAACUAAACUUUGGUUGAAAAUAAACUUCAUCGUAAAUUCUUAAUGAUAUUUUUUAUCAGCCUAGGUCAACAAAAUAUUGUUAUUUUGUUUUAUUAUGUAUAAACCAUUUCAAUAGAAUUCAAUGAUGAUUUUAAAGCCCCGGUGAAGACUAGGUCUCCAAUAUCCAGAGCUAAAUAUUUCUACUAUAAUAUUAAUAUAAUGAGGAGUUAUCUUUAUCUUCAUUCUGAUUUUUAUUCUGCUAGUUGUUUCAUUAAUUCACUGGAUUGUAUUAAUAAACAUGAUACAAUGCUUUAGGUUUGUGUACAAAUUAGUUAUUGAAUUUGGCUAGAGAUGUGAUUAAAAACUGAUUUUGGCAUUAUUUUUAUUUCAAAGAUUUAUGUGAAAAGAUUAUCUUCUAAAGAAAAGAACUAAAUAUAUUUAAAAUGUGUCUUGAAGCUCAGAGGUGGUUAUCUUCCCUCUGUCAUCAAAUCAGUUUUUUAAUUUUAAAAAAUUACCUGACUGAAGAUGAAAAGUGAGAAAAAGAUCAGUAAGUUCCUAGAUAUUAAACAAGUAUUUUCCACAAGUAAAUUUUAGUGUUUGCUAAUCUAUCAUUAUAUAAGCUUUCAAAUAAUAAUUUUUUUUCCUUAUUUUUUAAAGUUGUACUCUCCACAUUUAUUGCUUGUCUUGAACAUAAAGCAGAGAUUUCAGUGCUAAGGUGCUCUAAAAACCCUUAUUUUCUUCGAAAUUUUUUAAAUAGAACGUUACAUAGAAAAUAUUGGUACAAGUUUUCACUCCUAUGUGUAUUACUUUUAUGAUUACAUAAAUUAAAUUGUGUAUUACUGAAAGUGUAGGCUAGUGUAAAGGUGCUAACUUAGUUAUCUGUACUUCUAAGAUUAAAGUUAAUGCAAGCAAGUAUUGCAAUUUUUUUCAACCUAAAUAGUUUAGUGAAAAUUUCAUUUAGUAGACCUUUGUAGUAACAAACCUACCAGAACUAUUUCAUGAUAUACCUGAUAGGUUGAUGUAAUUUUUUAAAAUAAAAAGCCAAAAGCAGCUCAGUUUUUUUUUGGAUAAUUCUGUCCAUUUAAUUUUAAUGAAAUGGUAUAAGCACAAAUUGUUAAAAUUAAAGCAGUUGUUUAAAGUUGACCAUUUUAUUUUAAUCAUUAAUUGCCCCCCCUUUUUUUAAAAAAAAUUGCUACAGUAGUAUCUGUAAAGCCAUUCAUAGAGCUGUACAUUUUUUAGCCUUCCACUCAUUUGUUGUCCUUUGUAAAAUAUUAUUACACUUGAAACUAUAGUAAUCCUGAAAGACUGAGUAGCAGUUUCAUUUUUUUUUCUUUUCCUCCUUGUGUAUAUAUAGAUGUCAAUAUUUGUUAAAAUGUACAUUGAGGUUAAUGAAAUAGUUAAUCUACAGUUGUUACAUUUUAAUUUUAUAACCACUUUUUAAAAAUAUAUUUUGUAGCCAUUUUUAUUUUAUAAUUGUUUUUCUUCCAGUACAUAGAUGUUGUAAUGUAUAAAAUCUGUCUAUGUUGUUUUAGACAUUUUUGGAAAGUAGAUCUGAAUGUUGGUGCUAUCUGGUACUCUAGAAUAUUCAACUAUCAAGAUUCUUAUUUUAACAAAGGUUGACUGUCAUUUGGGUUCGUUGUUUUUUGUAGUUUUAAAAAUUGUAUCAUUGUUUUUAUAACAACUUAUUUUUUAAAACAAUGUGAUCACAGAGGUUAACUUCUCAUGAAUAUUUUUCUUUCAAAUGAUUUUUAAAAAACUGGGGUGAUGGUGGCUUUAUUAUAUUUUAUUAAAAGUAAAAUCAGUUUCUUUAUUAUUAUUUUAGGUCAGUCACACUUAUUUAUAUACAACUAACCCAAAUUUUGAUGACUGAAAACUUCUUUAAAUAUUAAUUUUACAUCAUACAAAAUUGUUUUUGUUUUAGUGAUUUGUCAGAACAUUAAAAGUAAAAAUUUAAAGAUAUCGUUACUGCUAGCAAGCAUAUUGUUAAAAAUGUUAGACAAAUUUGUUUCCCGUUUCAUAGACCAAAUUUUAAUUUUCCCCCUAUUAUAAGUAUAUUAACAUAUGUAACGAGCUUAGCCCCAUUAGCAAUAAUAUAUUUGAUUAAACUUCGCCUUAAGCUGGUGUAUUUAAUAAACUAAAGGAGUGCAGAUGUAACUAGAACAUUUUCAGUUGUUGCCUUACAAAGUCACAAAUAUUUGAUUCUUCUCAUGUUUGUUAUUGUGUCUAUUUCAUAGAACUUAUUCAUCUGAAAAUUAAAGGUUUUUUUUAUAUAGCUUAA